AUGGAGGCAGGGGAAAGCACCGAGACGGGCGUACUUUUCAAUUUGAGACACUGGAUUGGUCAUUUCUUCAUCACCCAAGAGGUUCCUACAGACGACUGCGAGCAAAUAGCAAGCUCCAUCCCGGUUUGCUCUAGCAAAUUGGGUCGUGCGCGGCUAUUUGCAUUGAGCAACAUUGAAGAGUUCCGUCAAGUGUGA